GGUGAGCGCGGCUAUGGGCCUUUCCAAAAGCAAAGAGAAACCCCGGAAAGGUAAAGGGGCGCCGGCGCCGGGCUCCCCGCCUCUCCGCCCCUCGGCGCGGCCCGGGGCGGGGCCGGGCGGGCGACGCGAGCGCGGACCGUUCCUGACCCGAGUCCGCCGACCACGGCGCGUGGAGGGUUUUCCCGCCCGAGGCGGUGACGGAAACGGAGCGCUGGAGACUUUGAAGCUGGUUCUGGGCCCGGGCGGGCGCCUGACGACGCCGGGCCCCGCCGUCCUGGUUCGUAAGUCCCGGCCCUAACGGGCGGUCCUGCGUUUCAGGUGAGGAGCCGAAGAUGGCGCCGCCCAGCUGUCCCGCUCCCCAGGCGGCGGAGCGGGGGACGGAGACGCCGGCCCGGGAACCCAGGCAGGCGGAGCGGGGGCCGGAGCGGCCUGCGGACGGCCUGCACCCGGGGCCCGGGGCCGCCCGGCACCCGCCGCGCGCGGCUGCGCCGGCAGGUAGGACGCGCCGGCAGGGAGCGGAGCGCGGGCGGCGGUCCCGAGACCCGCCGGUGAACGCGCGCCGCAGGCUCGGGCGCCCAGGGCGCCGCUGUUUGACUUGGGGGCGCCGUGUGGGGGGAGGCCCAGCGUCCUGGGUCGUGAAGGCGAGUCCCGGGCCAUGCGGGCUCCCCAGGCGCUGCAGGGCCGCGGCGGUGUCCGCGCGCGGGAGCGGAGCGUGGGAAGCCGUCCCAGCCCGGGGCUGGCGCUCGGAGCGCGCUGGCGCGAACACGCCACGCGGGAUGACCGAGCACGUGGACCCCGUGCGACAGCCGGCUGCGACCAGGCCUCCGGUGUGCGGGGAAGCGAGGCCCGCAAGGAAGGGGGAGCUAGAAUAGAGUUUCCCGGCAGCUUCGGCGCAUGGGUGGUGGGGCUCGAACUGUCAAAUAUUCUGUGAAAUGUUUUCAAGAACACAGGGUGGCCGGGUGCGGUAGCUCAGGCCUCUG